GAUUCCUUGACUUUUAUGAUCACUUUGCAGUUCUCUUUCUGUUGCUGUCAUUUCUUCACAAAUACCUUUGCAUCACACACAAACACACAAAGUUCCAUGGGGCAAACUUCAGUUCUUGUUGCCAGAAAAUGAGUAAAAAUGCACUGAAGUAGCUUUGCUCGGUAUAAAUGCUUUGGUAUGAACUUCUACCACAAAAUUGCCAUUUAAAAAAGAAUAAGCCUAAAUGAUAAAGAUAGAAUACUGUGGGCAAGAGGCAGCCUGGGUACGAUAUGAGUGGACAUGUUCUGCAUUUAACUAAAAUAAGAAGCAUAACCUCACCACCAAGUUUAAUUCUCUUUUUUACUUAAGCAUGUUUUAAAAGUUGACUAAUCAUGAAGUUGUCCUUCUCUAAAAGAUACUUCAGAAGGAAAGAGCUGAGUGAAACCUUAGACUUUAAGAAGGACACAGAAGACCAGGAAAGUCAACAUGAGAGUGAACAAGACUUCUCACAAGGACCCUGUCCCACCGUCCGCCAGAAGCUCUGGGACAUCCUGGAGAAACCUGGGUCUUCCACGGCUUCCCGCAUCUUUGGGGUCAUCUCCAUCAUCUUCGUGGUGGUGUCCAUCGUCAACAUGGCCCUGAUGUCGGCUGAGUUAAGCUGGCUGGACCUGCAGGUGCUGGAGAUCCUGGAGUACUUUUGCAUUAGCUGGUUCACUGGGGAGUUUGCCCUGCGCUUCCUGUGCGUGCGGGACAGGUGCUGCUUCCUCCGAAAGGUGCCAAACAUCAUAGACCUGCUGGCCAUCUUGCCCUUCUACAUCACUCUUCUGGUAGAGAGCCUGAGUGGGAGUGAGACCACGCAGGAUCUGGAAAACGUGGGGCGCAUCGUCCAGGUUCUGAGGCUGCUCAGGGCCCUGCGCAUGCUAAAGCUGGGCAGGCAUUCCACAGGAUUACGCUCACUUGGAAUGACAAUCACCCAGUGUUAUGAAGAAGUCGGCCUACUGCUCCUAUUUCUGUCUGUGGGAAUUUCUAUCUUCUCCACUGUGGAAUAUUUUGCUGAGCAAAGCAUUCCUGACACAACCUUCACAAGUGUCCCUUGUGCGUGGUGGUGGGCCACAACAUCCAUGACUACGGUGGGCUAUGGGGACAUUAGGCCAGACACCACCACAGGCAAAAUCGUGGCCUUCAUGUGUAUAUUAUCGGGAAUCCUUGUCUUGGCUUUGCCUAUUGCUAUUAUUAACGACCGCUUCUCUGCUUGCUAUUUUACCUUAAAGCUCAAGGAAGCAGCUGCUAGACAGCGUGAGGCUCUGAAGAAACUUACCAAGAAUAUAGCCACUGACUCAUAUAUCAGCGUGAACUUGAGAGAUGUCUAUGCCCGGAGCAUCAUGGAGAUGCUUCGACUAAAAGGCAGGGAAAGAGCAAGUACUAGGAGCAGUGGAGGAGAUGAUUUCUGGUUUUGAGUUCACUUUCAGUUUAUUUACAAAAGCUUGUGUAAAACUAACUCGAUCUAUAAAGCCUUGAUGUGGUUGUCCGU